CCCGCAGCCCCCGCAUGGAGCCCUAGGGCGGCGGGCAGCAUGUUCAGCCCGGACGGGGGGCUGCCGGCCGCCCCCUUCGGCCUCCUGCCCGACGCCGGCCCGCCCUUCUCCCGCGGCGGCUUCGACGGGGCGGCCGCCCAGCCGCUCUUCUUCCCCUUCGCCGCCGAGCCCGAGGCCGCCCGCGACCCGCCGCCGGCCCGCGCCUGGCUGCCCCCGCCCGCCGGGCCGCCCGCCAAGGCGGAGGCGCGUCCGGGCCGGCCCUGCCGCCAGCCCUCGCCCGAGCCCCGCGCGGCGGCCUGCUGCGGCCCGGCCUGGCCCGCCCCGCCCUGGGCCGGGCCCGCGGCCCCGGGCGCCGCCAACGCCGCCCUGCCCGGCCCGCCCUUUCCCGGCCCCGCCGCCGCCGCCUUCCCCGGCCCCCCGCUCUGCCCCGCCGCCCUGCAGCCGGGCUCCGGCGGCCUCUCCGGGCUGGGCAGCAGCGGCAGCUCCAGCGGCGCCGCCAGCGAGGGGGGACACUCCAGCGACAGCGGCGACGAGGAUGCGCCAACCUCAGAAGAGCUGGAGCAAUUCGCCAAGGACCUCAAACACAAGCGCAUCAUGCUGGGCUUCACCCAGGCUGACGUGGGGCUGGCUCUGGGCACCCUCUAUGGGAAGAUGUUCAGCCAGACAACCAUCUGCCGCUUCGAAGCGCUCCAGCUUAGCUUCAAGAACAUGUGCAAGCUAAAGCCGCUGCUGCAGCGUUGGCUCAAUGAGGCGGAGAACACGGACAACAUGCAAGAGAUGUGCAAUGCGGAGCAAGUGUUGGCCCAAGCCCGGAAGAGAAAACGCAGGACCAGCAUCGAGACCAACGUGAAGGGGACGCUGGAGAGCUUCUUCCGCAAGUGUGUGAAGCCCAGUCCCCAGGAGAUCUCCCAGAUCGCCGAGGACCUCAACCUGGACAAAGACGUGGUCCGGGUCUGGUUCUGCAACCGGCGUCAGAAAGGCAAACGGCUGCUGCUCCCCUUCGGCAACGAGGCAGAGGGGGUGAUGUACGACAUGAACCAGUCCCUGGUGCCCACCGGCCUGCCCAUCCCGGUGACGUCCCAGGGCUACAGCCUGACAUCCUCCCCUCCCGUCUACAUGCCGCCCUUCCACAAAGCUGAGAUGUUCCCUCCAGCGCUGCAGCCUGGGCUCUCCAUGAACAACAGCAGCCACUGAACCGGGGGCUGCGGGGGCCAGUGACGGUGCCGCGCUGACACCGUGGCCAGGCUGGCUCUCUGGGGGCUGCUCCUCCCCGCCUUCACCCUGAGAAGGCACGGGCACGGCCUCGCUCCCAGGGCUUGCCUGGGCACUCGCUGGGCUGCCUUCGGGUUUUGGGGCACGAGGGGCAGGGGAAGGGCUGGGAGUCUGGCACAGGGAUGGUGCCUGCUCUCUGCGGUUGCUCCCAGCCCUUCCCAGUUAUGCGAGUUUACUGGUUCCAGCAGUGUCGGCCCCCCUCUGACCUCUCUUGGGGGGCAGCUGCUCCUGCCCCACUGCACCCCACCAAAGCCGCGCGUGCCCAGGGCAAUGAGCACAGCUGCCUGCGCCCGGCCCCAGCCCAGCCGAGCUGCUCUCCUGCAAGACCCAGAAAAAAGUAUCUUUUAGAUUUUUGGGGUGGGGGGGUGGGAGAGGGGUGGUUUUAUUAUUUUUUUUUUUAAUGGUUUUUGGUUGUAGUUUUUAAAAAGCAAAAAUCUUUGUAGUGGUUACUAGUUUCCCAGGUGCCUCCCCCCUGUCACGUAGAGUGGGGCUGGGGUGCUGUGCUCAGGGCUGGGGUCCCCGGUGGCUCUGCCCACCCUCCUGGGCAGCUGGGGCGAGCCAAGGGCCUGGAGCAUGGGGCUGGAGGUGAGCCCUCGCAGCCCCAGCCGCCCCUUGCCCCGCGGUGCAGGAGAGCUUCACCCAUCUGUGGGCAGGCUGGUGGGGCUUGUUUGGGGGGGGGGGGGAGUGUUCCUCCCCGGCCCUUGUGCCCAGCAUCACCCCGGGUCCCCUGUGCCCUCCUCCACUCCCCAGCUGUUGUCCCUCUGCCCCAGCCCCAGCCCGGAUGCCCAGGGAUCAUCUUUCCCUGGGGGUUCCCAGCCCAGGGGGCUGACACCGUCCCCGUCCAUGCUGCUAGCACCCCUGUGCCUUUGAGCCUGCUGUAGUUGAUGAUUUUUAUAAUUUUUUUCUUAAUCAUAUUCCCUCUGGCAAUGAAAUAAAUCUCAGUUCUUUGGGGCAUGAGA